CGAGGAUCACAAUUUCGCAAAGCCACUGUUUGGGAAAGAAUGGAGACUGCUUUGGACGAGUGUUAGCGGCGGGUUACCUCUGCCCUUUGUUUUCCUUCGAUAUUUCUACUUAUUUGCUUUGGCGACCGCAGGUACCCUAUAAUGGACGCGGACAUAUCCGGUGGAGUUGGCGGCGGAACAAAUCAGAGCCAUGUGAGCAGUGGUACCGGGCGAAAUCCGAAUGGGCCGAGCGUGUCUGUAACAGCGAGCGCAGCCGGGGCGAUGCCUGCAUCCUUCCAUGCACGGGAACAGCAGGACGGAGAGGCAGUAGGCCUGUCGCUACCAGGCAUUUUACAUUUUAUCCAGUAUGAAUGGGGUCGUUUUCACGCAGAAAAAUGCCGAUGGGAAGCCGAGAGAGAUGAACUUAGGGCACAGGUGGCAUUUCUGCAGGGAGAGAGGAAAGGGCAGGAGAGCAUGAAGCAAGAUCUGGUGAGGCGGAUCAAAAUGCUAGAGUAUGCCCUUAAACAAGAGAGGGCCAAAUAUCAGAAACUGAAGACUGGCACUGAUCAGAGCCCAGAAAAGAAGCCAGAGACUAAGACUGAACCAAUUCCGAAUGGUCAAGGAGAAUUUGACAAUGAGGCAGCCCAUCAAAUGGCAUGGAAGGAGGGUCGUCAGUUGUUGCGCAAGUACCUGGAGGAGGUGGGUUAUUCUGACACUAUACUGAACAUGCGCUCUAAACGAGUCAAGUCUCUGUUGGGUCGCUGUAGCCCGGAGGUAAAUGGGCCCCUGCCACAGGAACCUUCCCCAGAACCCAAGCCUCAUGGAGGAGGAGACUCUUUACUUGUACGCCAGAUAGAGGAGCAGAUCAAAAGAAAUGCUGGAAAAGAAAGUUCUACAGAGCACACUGGCAGGUCAGUUCUGGAUAAAAUUCCCUUCCUGCGUAGCUGUGAUGAUGAUGAUGACAGUGAUGAAGAUGAUGAUUUCCAGGGAAUAGCCACAGACUGCAUUGAUGGACCACAUAAAAACAAGAAAUCCAGAGGCAAGAUAUUUGGAGAACCCAUGACCACAGGUCUAGACCCUGAGGAUGAAGAAGAUGAGGAUGAUUCAGAAGACGCCCUCAGCGAAUUUGAUUUUCUGGGUUCAGGAGAAGAGGGUGAGGGAGCUGGGGAGGCAUGCAUUUCAGGAGAUGGCCGUGAGCUAGGAUGUACUCUGGGCUUCUCAUCUGAUGUCUUCAUACUGGAUACAGUUGGAGGAGGGGACAUAAAUCUUGGCGAGUUGGCUGACCUUACUGUAGCUAAUGACUUUACCAUUGAUCAACAGGACAGUCAGGAAGAGUUUAAGAAGACAUGGAAUCCACGCUUUACUCUCCGGAGCCACUUUGAUGCUAUCCGAUCACUGACCUUUCACCCUUCUCAACCUGUGCUGUUGACAGCUUCAGAGGAUGGAACACUAAAGCUCUGGAACCUGAACAAGACAAUGCAUUCAAAAAAGGGUGCUGCACUGGACGUUGAACCUAUUUACACUUUCCGAGGACAUAGUGGAGCAGUCCUCUCUCUAGCCAUGGGAGAGGAAGGGAAGUACUGCUACAGUGGAGGUCUGGAUGGAAGCAUACGUUGUUGGAAAUGUCCAGAUCUUAAUGUGGAUCCUUAUGACAAUUAUGACCAAGGUGUGGAGAGUGCUGUGUUAUUAGGACAUGAGGAUUCAGUGUGGGAGCUAGCGUAUUCAUCCAACCUAAAACGUCUGGCCUCCUGUUCAGCAGAUGGCACUGUGCGUAUCUGGGAUCCUCAGAGCUCCACACCCUGUAUAGCUGUUUUCAACAAAGAGAAAGAACAUGGAACUCCUACUUCCAUUGCCUUUGGGAGCGUAGACAUAUCUCAGGCUGUUGUGUCCUUUGAUGCUGGUGAGACAGUGCUCUACGACCUGAACACAGAGCAAAGCAUCAUGGUCCUAGAAACCCAGACAAAGGAUGACAAUCAGCUAAUUAACUGUGUGGUCAGCCAUCCAUCCCAACCAAUCUCAGUCACUGCCCAUGAGAACCGUACCAUCCGCUUCAUGGACAACAAGACAGGGAAAGUAAUUCACUCCAUGGUGGCUCAUCUAGACGCAGUCACCUGCCUAACCACUGAUCCUAAAGGCAGUUACCUCAUCUCUGGCAGUCAUGAUUGCUCAGUUCGCUUGUGGAUGCUGGAUAAUCGCACAUGUGUGCAGGAGAUCACAGCCCACAGGAAGAAGCAUGAUGAGGCUAUCCACGAUGUGGCUUUCCACCCUUCACAACCCCUCAUUGCCAGUGCUGGAGCUGAUUCCCUUGCAAAGAUCUUCAUUUGACCAUGUCAUCACAGUUAAUUCUCAGCCAUAAUUGGUUAGUGUAAAUAGGGCUUACCCAAAGCUGAACAUUUAACACUGAGGUUGGUGCAUAAGCUCGGGCAACCUGUAAAGCAGUACACUAAUCACACACCAUAAAUGUUCUUCCUGCCACUGUAGCACCAGUAAUGCACCAAUAUGAAAAUCGCUGGAUGAUGCUGGUAACUUGAUAGCGCCAAUUCAGUAAUUUCUGGCUAGCCUCGCGUAAUGUUACACCAAAUGCUUACACAUGCACACAGUUAAACAUUUACUUAUUCUGACAUGUCCUCAUGUAGCUGCAAAUGAAAUAUAUUACUGCAAAGGGUAAAUUGGGUUUAGGUAAUUAAAAGUUUAGGUGUACUGAUUACAAUAUUUAAGUCUGUUUUCCUAAAAAAAAAAUUGACUAUUAAUGAGCUUAUAGUUUUAUUUGCAUACAAAGUGUAAGUUCCAGAGUUCAAAUAAGUCAUAAAAGGCCAAAAUUGUGAAAUCAGACAAUUAAACACUUUGACAACUGAAAUACGGAAUAUAGGCAUGGGGAAAUCAACAGCUGUUGGUUCUCCUCUGCUCUCCUAUUUUACAUGUAUACUGCCACCUAGUGUGUGGAUAUGGGCCAUACAUGAGUCACGUUUUACCUGAAUAACAUGAGUGCAUACCACUAUCUGAUGAAAGGAUAUCCUUGGCACACUACUAAAUUACAUGCCAUAACUGACUGAUGCCAUAACUGAAAAAAAAAAAGAUUUAUUAAACACUAUCGUUAUCAUGAUUUAAGCAAACUUCAGAUCUAGUUUGAUUUGUUUAUAUGGCUGAGUGGGAUAUUGUAUAACUUUGGUUGUUGCAUCACUGUUAUGUCUGUGUUUUCCCUUUUUCACUGUCACUCCUGGGCCAGAAUUGUGGCAUUCAAACCAUCCUAAUUCCACAGUUAUUUUACCUGCACACGGAAUGGCCUGGACUCCAUAAUGUCAUUGCUUCUCUUUGUUUUUGAAAAUCUGUGCAGAAGGGAGAGAGUACUCACUAUAUCUCAUUUUCUUUCAGUUGUUCAUUGUACUGAUAAAUCAUAUCAUCAUGGGAACACACAAUCACCUGACUGUUGUACUAGAUGUUAGAUUCAUGCCAUCAUAUUUGUGUGCGCGCAGGUUCAUUUAAAUGUGUUUAUUGGAAUUCGCCGCCAUACUUUCAAAUCCAUUAUAAUACAUUUUUAAUAGUCUGCUUGCUAAAGACUUAGUGUUUUAUAUCUGUAAUCAGAGAAACUUUGCUGAGUUAACUGGGCAGCUAAAAGAAAUCGUUUUCAUAUGCACAGUGAUAGAUUAUCUUGGUAAGUGCUGUUCACAGCCUGCUGUCUCACAAAUUUUGGUGCUAAAUUCUUCAGUAUCAGGGAAGUGUUGGAAGUAUUAUUUUUCCUUUGCUUACAUCUGGUAUAGACCUGCCAUUGUUUAGUUGUUUCAGAAAAACAGACUAGUGAACCACAACAUUUUUUCCUAGUAUGCUUUGCUCCUUUCAGGAUCUGAGUGAAAGAAAGGAAGAACAAAGGAGUGAAGGGAAGUAAAGAAGGUGAAUAGUACCAGUUCUCCAUGCUAAGCCGUAUUAUAUUAAAACUACUAUUAUUUGAGAAAACGGUUUUUCUGGUGUGGUUAAAAUAAACUGCAGACUAUUAAGCACCACCAUUAAAGACACAGUCAGUUAUCAGCCAAUGUUUGGAUAAGAACUUUGUAAAAGAAUUUGUGUGUUUAUAUAUUCCCCAAAUUUGGGGAUUACUGACGGAAAGUUGAGAUGUUCAUCUGCUUCCGAUUCAUCCAGUAAGAAAACAAAAAAGGUCUCCAAGGGCCAUGAAAAAGGCCACAGUCUUUUGAGGAAAGCGAAGUAUAACAAAUGUAGUUUCUUCCUCUUCAUAGUCAAUAAAUGGAGAAAACCAUUUGUUGGAAGGGACUGAAAAUUCAAUAUCACCCCCCUUAAUGUAGAUUUAGCCUUUAGAAUAGUUGUGGACAGCAAAGGUUAUGUUUUUGAUGCCUUCAAUGUUGCUUUGUUUACUUAUGUGCUUUAACUUGAUUUCACUGGUAUAAGAGAAAUUCCUAGAGGUUAGUUAGUAAGCUGUGCAAAGAUGCAGUAACUCACUCUCACUUAGACCAACUGUAACAAAAAGACUUUUGCAUUUAUUCAGAUUUCUGUCCAUCCUAGAAUUCAGACAUUCACUUCUGAGGUUUCAGUUCUCCAAGUUAAGUGUUUUACAACCUCUAUUGGGAUGGCUACAGCGACAUAUGAUGAUAAUCCCUUUAGUGACUGUAGUGCAAGUUAAUUGUCCAGUCAAUUAAGCACACAAAUCUAGAUUAAUUAGUUUUACAAAUGAAUUGUUAAGGGGUAAUUUAUCACAGCACACUAAAUAAUGGAUACCUUUAGGCCACAUUACAUUUGUGACUUAAAAUUGUUUACAAGAAAUUGUUUCAUCAUCACAUUUUAUCAUGUAAUCCUAUGUGAUUGCAUGUAGUUUUCAUGAACCCCUAUUUCUGCAGGUUCUCUAGUGAUUUUGCUGCAGUUGAGUAGGUUUAUUAUAUUAUUCAGCAUAUAUAUUUUAAAAAUAGCUGCCAUUGCACAAAUCUCUGCUUUUGCCACCUUAAUAUAGUUGUUGAGGACAGUAGUAUCAUAAGUGAACAAAUCCUUUUUACUAGAUUAAAACCUGCAAUGCAAUGUAAAAGUGUUGGAAAACUUAAAAACUGGAGUUAUUUAAAGGCAUGUCAGUCCUGUGCAACAAUCAAAGGACUUUCUGUCUAUGUAUAUUGUUUAUGGCAAUUUAUCACUGUGUGAUAUUUUGUACAUCAUAUUAAACUGCAUUCAAAUAUUAUCCUUUAACAUCAAGGGAUCAAGUCCUGCAUGUUAUUUAUUUAUUUUUAUUUUUUUGUUAUACAUAUUUUUAAACUGCAUUAUAGCUUCUAUCAAAUUAAACUAUUACCUAUUUCCUGUCAUUCCUAUUUUGUUUUAGUUUGCAGUUCUUGUUAUUGGAAAGGUAAAAAAAAAU